AUAUUCUGCCGUGUCGCAUAUUCUUUUAUUUAAUCCAGAUCCGUGAUUACAUCUCCUUUAGAACCAUGAAGCACAUUUGUUUAUUCGCCAUGAUUGUUGUUAUCGCUGUAAACUCAGUAAAUUCCCGAGAAAUUGCACCACCUGUUCGAGUAGUGCGGGCGGCAGAUCUUCCAUUAACUGCAUCGGAGGAUGACACAAACAACCAGGGCACAGCGGCGGCAAGCGAUGAUUUGGAUAACGCGGAAACCUUUGGGUUUGGUUUUCACAAGCACGUACAUGUUCACGGAGGUUACGGCGGACCUGAAUAUUAUCCAUACGCAGGGUACUAUCCUCACCCGGGACAUUAUGGAUAUGGUUAUGGGCACCCAUAUUAUUAUUAGCAUGGAAUAAUUUGUAAAAAGAUAAAAAUAAACGCCUUGUAUAUUUCUCUGAAACUAAUAAUGUUUGAUU